UUGUAGCCAUAUGUUUUUACUCCAAUAUUAUCCAUUUCUCCCUCUAUCUCUGUCUCGGUUGCCGGGAAAAUGGCUAAUGUCGGAGAAAUUCUUCUUCCGACUUAGUCCUUAGUUUCUGAUGUCACUUGUUUCUUGAAAUGCAAGUUUUCUGUUCGAUGCCGUCUCUUUGUAUGUGUGUCCUAUGCUGAAUUUUUCAGAUAAAUGGCGAAAAAAAGCUUACGAAUUUAGCAAUGGAAGUUUCUGGAUUCUAGGGUUUGUAUAAGACUCAUCGAUCAAGCUUCCUUGUGAUCAUUUCGCUCCCAUAUGGCCUCAAUUGCUCUGCUUUUACCCUACUCGACGCUGAAUCGCCGCAGAUGGUGGCACGUGCGAAGCUCCGGCGAAGAUGCGGCGCGUGAGAUGCGCGUGUGCACUAACCGCACUUGCAGGCGACAAGGGUCCUUGCAGAUUCUGGAGACAUUGUCGUCUCUGUCCCCACCGGACCUCCUCGUCAAGCCCUGCGGCUGUCUCGGCCGCUGCGGCUCCGGUCCUAACCUCGUGGUUUUGCCACAAGGUCUCGUCAUCAACCACUGCGCCACGCCCUAUCGAGCCGCCGAAAUCGUCGUCCAUUUCUGCGGCGGCGAAGUUUCCGCCGCCUCCGCCGCUCUCACCGCCUUGGCUCUCAGGAACAGAGCACUCUCCGAGAUCGAAAAGGGCAAUUUCUCCAAGGCUGAAUCCUCUCUCACGCAGGCAAUAGAAUUGAAACCCUUUGGUGGAUUGCAUAAGAUUUUCAAAGACAGAUCAGUUGCAAGGCUUGGAAUGCUUGAUUACUCAGGAGCUCUUGAAGAUACUAAAAAGGCUCUGGAUUUAGCUCCCAACUAUUUGGAGGCAUACAUAUGUCAAGGUGAUGUUUUUGUAGCUACUGGUCAGUAUGAUCUUGCGGAGAAGUUGUACUUAGCAUGUUUAGAGAUGGAUCCUUCUCUUCGGAGAUCGAAAUCAUUCAAGGUAUGCUUCAUUUUUCACGACACUUUCACUUAUUGCUCGGGCCUGGAUACAUGCUCAAACCCGACAGAUCCGUGGGUACCCGAAAUUUGGGAACCCAACCGUCAGCGAGAGUGGGGUCGGAUCUUUCUCCGGCAAGAACCAGAGCCGCGGAUUUGAGUAUGACUUUAUCCACCGACUACCCGUAACCUGCGGAUACGCGAGAACUAGAUGGGAAAAGGAGAAGAGCUGAGAGGAGGGAGAGGGGAGAGAGAGACACGGCAUGGCUGCGAGGCGAGCUUGGAGAGGGCAAGAGCCGGCGAGACAGGACGUGGGUGAAGGCAAAACCGGUAUUACACUUUUAAAUUAAAAUCCAUAAACAUUUUGCCUCGAUGCUCACCCUCCUGCCUCGGCACCCUGGAAUGCUCGCCUCGUCGGCCUUCUCAACCUUUUGCCUGAGGCGAGUCGUCUCGUCGGUUGGAUAUCUGAGCGUGCACCUGUACCUGAGAGUUGGUUACCCGACCCACAGGCCAAGAUACCUCGACCGAGGGGGCUAGGCCGGAAAUCUCGGGUACCCGCCCGUAGUUCAAGCUAUCUUGCGGUUGAAACGCUAAUCUUUAAACAAGAACACAAGUAACGAACUGUGUGUUGUUCAAGAUGGGUUACUGAAACUACAUUGUUUUAAAUGCUCGCAGGCUCGAACCGAGAACGUUGGAAAGAAACUCGUCGUCGAAGCAGAUGCACAAUGAUCGCUCUUUAUGUGUUCGCAAGGAGAGAGCGAAAUUCUCGUUUCUUGAUAAUAUAUAUAUAUUUUUUUUACAAGAUUUACCCAUUUUGAUGGCGUUGUCCUUCUCCUCCGAACAAAUUGCGGGGAUGUAUAAAAUCAUUAUUUUAUUUGAUAAUAGACAUAGUUUGACAUUUUCAAAAAAUCUAUUUUUUUUAUUA